AUGACAAUGACAAGAAAAAAUUUCUUGCUUCAGUUGCUAUCAACAUCUUUACCGAAAAAUGACAUGGUCAUAAUCGAGAGAGACUGGAAUGCAUGUGUAGGCUACGAUGCCGCUGUGGUGAAUUCGGUGAUUGGCACAUAUGAAAUUGAGAAACUCAUUGAUGAACGGGAUAAAAAUCGUUAUUGGAACGAUAUGGACUUGCGAAUGGAGACAAUUGUUCAUUCAGUCGAUAAUAGGAAACUAUUCCUUCUUCAUAAAGCACUAUGGCUAGAGGAACGGUCCAUGAAAUGGUAUGACAAUGAUUUGCCGGUUAAGACUAUUAAGGUUUGCCUCAUAACAUGGAGAGGAAGAGAGACCAAACUUAACCACGCCAUCUGUUGUCGUGGAUAUAGCUAA